GGCGCCAGAGCCGCUGCAGCAUCUUUGGUGUCAGCUUCUCCUCUCUGGUCUUCUCUUCCACCUCCUCUUCGGCCGGCGCGAUGGCGAAGCCACUGACCGACAGCGAGAGGCGGAAGCAGAUCAGUGUGCGCGGCCUGGCGGGGUUGGGCGACGUGGCGGAGGUGCGGAAGAGCUUCAACCGGCAUCUGCACUUCACUCUGGUCAAGGACCGCAACGUGGCCACGCCUCGCGACUACUUCUUCGCGCUAGCCCACACCGUGCGCGACCACCUGGUCGGCCGCUGGAUCCGUACACAGCAGCACUAUUACGAGCGUGACCCCAAGCGCAUUUAUUAUCUUUCCCUGGAAUUCUACAUGGGCCGUACAUUGCAGAACACGAUGGUGAACCUGGGCCUUCAGAAUGCAUGUGAUGAAGCUAUUUAUCAGUUGGGGUUGGACUUGGAAGAACUAGAGGAAAUAGAAGAGGAUGCGGGCCUUGGAAAUGGGGGCCUAGGGCGGCUGGCAGCCUGUUUCCUUGAUUCAAUGGCGACUCUGGGCCUGGCAGCAUACGGCUAUGGAAUCCGUUAUGAAUUUGGGAUUUUUAACCAGAAGAUUGUCAAUGGCUGGCAGGUUGAAGAGGCCGAUGACUGGCUGCGCUACGGCAACCCCUGGGAGAAAGCCCGACCUGAGUAUAUGCUUCCAGUGCACUUCUAUGGGAGAGUGGAGCACACCCCCGAGGGUGUGAAGUGGCUAGACACACAGGUGGUGCUCGCCAUGCCCUACGACACUCCGGUGCCCGGCUACAAGAACAACACCGUCAACACCAUGAGGCUCUGGUCUGCCAAGGCGCCCAAUGACUUCAAGCUGCAAGACUUCAAUGUGGGGGACUAUGUGGAGGCUGUUCUGGACAGGAACUUGGCUGAGAACAUCUCCAGGGUCCUGUAUCCUAAUGACAAUUUCUUUGAGGGGAAGGAGCUCCGCCUGAAGCAGGAGUACUUUGUGGUGGCUGCCACCCUGCAGGACAUCAUUCGCCGCUUUAAGUCAUCCAAGUUUGGCUGCCGGGAUCCAGUGAGAACCUCUUUUGAGACCUUCCCAGACAAGGUGGCCAUCCAGCUGAAUGACACCCACCCGGCCCUCUCCAUUCCUGAACUCAUGCGGAUCCUGGUGGACGUGGAAAAGGUGGACUGGGACAAAGCCUGGGAAAUCACCAAGAGGACCUGUGCCUACACCAACCACACUGUGCUGCCUGAGGCCUUGGAGCGCUGGCCUGUCUCCAUGUUUGAGAAGCUACUGCCGAGGCACCUAGAUAUCAUUUAUGCCAUCAAUCAACGGCACCUGGAUCAUGUGGCUGCCCUGUUUCCUGGGGAUGUGGACCGCCUGAGGAGGAUGUCUGUGAUCGAGGAAGGGGACUGCAAGCGAAUUAACAUGGCCCAUCUGUGUGUGAUUGGAUCCCACGCUGUGAAUGGUGUAGCGAGGAUUCACUCAGAGAUCGUGAAGCAGUCUGUCUUUAAGGAUUUUUAUGAGCUGGAACCAGAGAAAUUCCAGAAUAAGACAAAUGGCAUUACACCUAGACGGUGGCUGUUGCUGUGCAACCCGGGUCUGGCAGACAUCAUUGUGGAGAGAAUUGGGGAAGGCUUUCUGACCGACUUGAGCCAACUGAAGAAGCUGCUGCCAUUGGUCAGUGAUGAGGUGUUCAUCAGGGAUGUGGCCAAGGUCAAGCAGGAAAACAAACUGAAGUUCUCUGCCCUCCUAGAGAAGGAAUACAAGGUUAAGAUCAACCCGUCUUCCAUGUUUGAUGUGCAUGUGAAGAGGAUCCAUGAGUACAAACGGCAGCUGCUUAACUGCCUGCACAUCAUCACACUGUACAACCGAAUAAAGAAAGACCCAGCCAAGUCCUUUGUGCCCAGGACUGUGAUGAUUGGGGGCAAGGCAGCUCCCGGGUACCACAUGGCCAAGAUGAUCAUCAAGUUGGUCACAUCCAUCGGUGAUGUCGUCAAUCAUGAUCCAGUUGUGGGUGACAGGCUCAAAGUGAUCUUCUUGGAGAAUUACCGUGUGUCUUUGGCUGAGAAAGUGAUUCCAGCUGCUGACCUGUCACAGCAGAUCUCCACCGCGGGCACUGAGGCCUCAGGCACAGGCAACAUGAAGUUCAUGCUGAAUGGGGCACUCACCAUCGGCACCAUGGAUGGUGCCAAUGUGGAAAUGGCUGAGGAGGCUGGGAUUGAGAACCUCUUCAUCUUUGGCCUUCGGGUGGAGGACGUCGAGGCCCUGGACCAGAAAGGGUACAAUGCCAGAGAGUACUAUGAGCGCCUGCCGGAACUGAAGCAGGCCAUGGACCAGAUCAGCAGUGGCUUCUUUUCUCCUAAGGACCCACACUGCUUCAAAGAUGUGGUCAACAUGCUAAUGUACCAUGACAGGUUCAAAGUGUUUGCAGACUAUGAAGCCUACAUGCAGUGCCAAGCCCAGGUGGACCAGUUGUACCGGAACCCCAAGGAGUGGACCAAGAAGGUCAUCAAGAACAUUGCCUGCUCUGGCAAGUUCUCCAGUGACCGGACUAUUACUGAAUAUGCACGGGACAUCUGGGGAGUGGAACCCUCCGACCUGCAGAUCCCACCUCCCAAUAUCCCCAAGGACUAGGUGCCCUGUGAGCAGGACCAGCGGGCUUUUGUUUGGUUGAUUUUGCACAUCAUGCCAGUUUUCAAGCACUUUGCCAGCAGCUAGUGGUUCCUGCUUUUCUCAGUGCUGGUUCUGGGAGGGGCUGUGGGGUCGAGAGGGUGUUUUUGAAGACGGGGGCAAGGAAGGAAGAUGCUAGGAGUGGGGGACAUCUUCCUGCUUUCCUCUAAAGGAAAGAAUUCUCAGUACAGAUGGGCAAAGCUGACCCCCAUAGCUUCAGCCAACCAUCCCCACAGAGGAUAGGUAGGAGGUAGAGCCAUCUCAUGGGCUCCCUGAAAAUUUGCACACAUAUUUAGUUUUGAUCCUCUGGAUUCUGGGGCUUGGGCAGGUGUCUGUGGUGAAGCUUGGGGACAUGUAUUUCCAUAGAACCUGGGCAGGGCUAAGCCCAGUGUGGUCUCCUUGGCCAACUGUUUUCUAUCCCUGUUGGGGAGUCAAAUCCUUCAGGCAUCAUCCUCAUGGCUGCCUGUCUUCUGAUCCCUGUCCAUGGCUCUUCACCUGGUAUAUGGGCUCUGCCUUUUGUAGUCAUCUUGGGAGCCAUGUGGGUGCCCUAGACUCAGGACAUCUGGGAAGGAACAUUGGGGAAGGACUUGUUUUGGUGUCUCAGAGGCAUUGGUUAAGACAGGCUGGCUGAAGCAGGGUUAGCUUGGUUUUGCUUUUUCAAAAGAAAAAUUACACAAGGAAAUGAAACUAACCUCUUGUUUUAGCAACUAAAAAUUGCACUUGGUCAAUUUUGGGUCUGUAGGAGGCCAUGCUAGGGCUGUUUUUGCCUGGCUGGAGGUAAUAAUCAGCCACUGUGCCCAGCAAGAUUAGCUGCCUAUCCUGUACUGGGGCCUGAGGCAGGGCUGCUGACUCUGCUGUGGAUCUGUACCCUCCUGACACCUCCCAUCCAUAUCUGGGGUGCAUUUUUCUGUUGUACAUACAAAGACUAUUCUUCCCCUUCCACCAGUGCAGCAUCCUGGUCUGCAAAAAGGAGCAGUGGACCCAGAGGACCUGUUUCCAUUGUACUCAUACAGUAGGCCUGGGAGGGAAUUGAGGGUGAGCCCUCUCAGCCAAACCCCUCCUCAGGCUGGGGCUACGGGGCAGAACCUAGCACUAGUCUAGUGCUGCCCAUCUCCAGUCAGUUGGUGGUUGGAGAAGUCAGAUGGAAACACCCUUCCAAAGGCUUCCAUACUUUGCAUGCCGGACCUGAGGUGCCAGGGAAGGCUUUUCCCUCACCCCAGCUUUUCUGGGGAGGAUUUGCUCACAGUGCACAGUUCCACCAGAACCACUGGGGUCUUUUUUUGGGUGGUGGCAAACUCUGGGGCUAUGGUCAUCUGCUGUGAGGCCACAUUCCCUGAAGCUGUCUGUGGGUGGCCACAACCCUACCACUUGCUGUUACUGCUUGGUAUGAGAAACUGAUUAAACCUUUUUGCCCAUGGUUA